UCUAAGACAAUUGACUUUUUCAUUUUAGUAAUUGUCUUUAAAUAUUUAAUUUUAAACUAUAUUCUAUACAUAAAAUCCUUUUCUUUCCACUUAAUGUAUCGCACGGUUUAUCAAAAAGGUUGUUUUUCAGUAUUUUAUAGUGUCGGUGGUCGUCCUCUGAGCAAUUGGUCCAUACAUGCUCAAAAUGGUUAUGUUAAACGUGUCCUAGAUGAUGAUAUCAAAUCUAUGGUGUUGGAAAUUAUGGGAAGUAAUGUUUCCACCAUGUAUAUAUCAUGUCCUCGGGAGGCCAAACAAGAAUUGGCUAUAAAAUUGCCUUUUUUGGUGUUGCUAGUUAAAAAUAUGCAUAAAUAUUUUACAUUUGAAGUUCAGAUUCUAGAUGAUCAACAUUUUUUUCGUCGCUUUCGUGUCUCAAAUUUUCAAAGUAAAACGUCUGUUAAACCUUUUUGCACAUCCAUGCCUAUGGGCAUGUCACCGGGAUGGAAUCAAAUCCAUUUUAAUUUAGCAGAUUUUACACGGCGUGCCUAUGGUACGAAUUAUAUGGAAACUGUGCGUCUACAAAUACAUGCCAAUGUCAGAAUACGUCGCAUAUAUUUUACCGAUCGUCUAUAUCAAGAAGAUGAAUUACCCAAUGAAUAUCGUUUAAUACAGCAACCAAAAACCAAACGUUCUAUAAACUGGGGAGUUCCAGUAGCCAGGCCACCCUCACCACAAUCGCAACGUUUAAAAGAAGAAGGUGGAGCAGCUGCCAGUACCGUAGAUGCUAGCAGUAAUGUUGGCACUACAGUUGAAUGAGUUAAAUGGACUCAAAUUUUCCAAUUAUAUAUUUUAAAUAAAAAUUUUCAUUAUUUUUUUUUACUUUUUCCUAA